CUUGCUAACAAAAAUGGAAAAACUUGGAAGAAAUCUUCAACUAAGUGACUUUACAAAAAUUCCCUUUGAUAUUUAUCGAUUAGUUGGAAUCAGGGUCUAUAAAUACGAUCCCGACGAAAAGCAACCUCUUAAAGAAAAAAUAGCUUUCUCAAUGGCUAUUCUAAAUUUGACAAUUCAUUUUUUUCUCAAAAACGCUGUCCCAUUUUAUCACAAGUUUGAAGAUCCAAUUGAAUUGACAGCUUUUGCUUGCUACGCAGGCUUUGUCAUUAACUCACUUUGCAAAAUUAUAGCGGUUUGGUGUGGUCGAUUUUUCUUAAAGGAAGUUCUUGUCAAAAUGGAGGAAAUUUUUCCAAAAACUGAGGAAGAUAUAAUUCAAUACCGUCUGGAUGAGUAUUAUAAAAAAAUUGAAUUCUACAUGAGAACGUUGACUAUUUAUCACUUUUCGACAACCACAAUGUUCAAUUUUUUCCCCUUAAUUCAAUCAAUAGUGGAGAAAAUUAUAACUGGCGAAGAUUUUGUUUAUAGAUUUCCAUUUAUUUUGGUUUAUCCGGGAAAUGAGAAGCAAUUUCCGAUAUUUCUGUUUGCAUAUUUUUAUCAGAUAAUGGCGGCGUAUAUUUUGUCGUGUUUCUUUUUGGGUUCUGAUUUGUUACUUGUGUCGAUUGUGCACUUAGCUUGUAUGCAUUUUGAUUACUUGGGGAAAAAAAUUACAGAUUUUGAACCCACUGGCACGGACAGAGAUCUUAUAGAUUUAGGGAAGUUUGUUAAAUAUCAUGAUGACACUUUAAGCUUAAGUUUCAAAAUUAACGAAGUAUUCAAAGUAUCCAUUUUGAUGAACUACAUUGCUUCAUGCGGAGUAAUUUGUAUGAUUGGAUUCCAAAUCACAGCUGGUUCGGAAAUUCUCGAUAUGCUUAAGUUUUUUGCAUUUUUGAUAUCUUCUUUGGUUCAUGUAUAUUUUAUUUGUUCUUUCGGUUCGAAUUUAUUAGAUGUGAGCGGUAAUAUAGCAGAUGCAGUUUUUUCUCAUAGGUGGUAUAUGGCAAAUAAUAAAUAUAAGAAAUCUUUACCUCUAUUGUUGGCGCGUUCACAUAAGCCAGCUUUUUUGACAGCUUUUAAAUUCUUCAUAGUUUCGAUGGAAAGUUUUAAAAGUCUGGGAACAACUUCAUACCAAUUUUUCACUCUAAUCAAAACCAAAUACGAUGAAGAAGAAUAAAAUGGUGGCUUAAUA